UUUGUUUCACUGCGAAGAGUUGAGUCUGGUAAUCUGUGGCACAGAAAAUAUAAAUGUUGUGUACGUGAGUGAGUGUGGGUUUGCGUUUCGAUUGUGUUGAUUUGUUUGAUAACACAAGUAUUACUUUGUUAUUGUCUAAUAUUAUAAGACUGAUUAAGAAAGCGAAAUGAGUAAAGCACAUCCACCAGAGCUUAAAAAAUUCAUGGAUAAAAAAUUAUCAUUGAAGUUGAAUGGAGGACGACAUGUUGUUGGCAUUCUUCGUGGCUUUGAUCCAUUUAUGAAUCUUGUUGUGGAUGAAACAACAGAAGAACGCAAAGAUGGCAGCAAAAAUAAUAUUGGCAUGGUGGUGAUUCGGGGAAACAGUAUUGUCAUGUUGGAGUCAUUAGAUCGAGUUUGAAAGUCAUACCUUCCAAGAAAGUGUCAGCUUUAAAAAUAUAAUGUGUCUUUUUUACAUGUGUGGUUGUAUGUAGCUAAAGUUAUAAUUUCCAGAACAUAAAUCUCCAACUUUUUA